CCUGAUCUUGACUACCUGGUACUAACUGAAUACUAUGGCAAUGUCCCUGUCUUGAACCCUCGGGUACUUCUUUGCCAUCCCAGAAUAGGGCCGUCUCGUCUCAAUACCUCAUAAUUCCACUUGGAGCGGGGACAGAAGAACCUCUCCUCGACAUGUUCAAAAACCUUCCUGCAUUCCGUUCCCUCCCUUCUGCCAUCGGACUCCCUUUCUUGUCUUCCUCAGAAGAUGCUCAACUCAAAUUCCGAUCAGGAGAUAACGGUAUCAAGCGUUUAUACUCUGAUGAAGUGAUUUCAGUGAAUGACGUCGAAUAUUGGUCUCAGUUUUAUCGACUUUUCAACUCUGUGGCAGAUGUGUAUUCUCUCAUAUCUAUACAAGAUGUCCGUCAAACUCUCGCAAAUCAGCCUACAAAUCUCUCCAAUCUCAUCUUAUUUCUCUCACACCAUCUUUUCACUCUCCUUCCUUCACCAAUGUUCCCAUCGUCCGGAGGGGGUGAUACCAACAGACAAGCCCUCAACUGUCUCCGAGUUCUAGGGCGGAUAUUAGUGGUGAUAUAUGAAUCCGAAGCGGACUUCCGGCAAUCCAUCUUGAACUCUAGCUCAAGUUCAGAAACCUUUGCUCAAAAAUACCUAUGGAAUCGACCUAUUGUCAAGGAUGAACGUGACUUUACCGACCCCUCAGGAAUACAAGAAGAUGAAGGGUCAGGGAAUGGUAGAGAAGAGAGAUUGGAAGAUGAUCAAUUCCAAAUUGGGGAUCUUGAUGAAGAUGAACUUGACGAAGGAUUGUUCACUUGUACGGUUGAUUUGUUAUUCUGCGCAGGUUUUACGGUCCCGGAAAGUGUGAAGGGGGAUUCUGGACAUGGGGAUAAGAUUAACUAUGUCAUUUGGGAAAGAGGAAUAGGAUCAACCACUUCCCUCGGUAAUCAUCCCGAAUUAGAUAAAAACAAAACCGAAGUCUUACGAUUCCUCCUUAUUCUUUUAUCCUCAACCAUCUACACUCCCCCUAAUUCUCUGUCCACAUCUACCAACCUCCCUCUUGAAGAUCUCACCCAUACACUCGAAAGACGACUCGUACUCUCCCUGCUAUGUUCUUGGUUAAACGUAUCACUCACUCCGACAAAGGCGAUAGGAGGUAUGACUGGUCAAAUGCCUUACAGUCAUCUAAUUUCUAAAGCAGCGGAAGAGAAAAGAGUUUUAGUGAAAAGUUGUAUGAUGACUUUGUUGGUAGCUUUGGAUUAUGAGCGGCCGGAAUUGUCAUCAAUGAAUGAAGGUAAGGAUGAGAAUGCUUUUAGAUAUUUCGUUUCAAAAUUGCAUCGGAAAGAAGAUUUCUCGUUCAUCCUCGGAGGUAUCUUGACAAUCUUGGAGGAACAUGCGGCGGUGACGAAUAUGUAUUUACCAGGAAGCAAAAAACCUGUUCCUUACAUCCUUGAGACGUAUAUGCUACUAUGGCGAAUGAUCGACCUUAACAAACGAUUCCGCGUCCACCUAUUCGACAGUGGUAAAGCACUCGAUGUAGUGGUACAUAUUUUACUCACGUGCUUGGACCUGAAAGACGACCCGUCUCAGCAUGGGUUAUUGAGACUAUUGUCGUACCUGCUUCAGACCUUAUCGGCCGAUCGAGCGUUCGCUACGGCUUUAAAUCAGACGAUCAGGAUGAACGUCCCCGCCAAAUGGGCCGUUCAAGGGACAGCAGCUGAUUUCAUGAUUGUUUCCAUUUAUUCAAUAGCCACCACACCCGGUCUCAACCCUCUUUUCCCCGCAUUGACAAUAAGCAUCUCCAACGUUGCACCAUUCUUGACUCGGAUCGGCGUACAAGCUUCUACAAGGUUGAUGCAGUUGUUCAAAGCGUUUUCAGCACCAAACUUUUUGUUGGCGGAUGAAGGUCAUCCAAGAUUGGUUUAUUAUUUAUUGGAGACGUUCAAUUCGGUCUUGUAUUAUCAGUUGAAGGAAAACCCAAAUCUCAUCUACGCGAUCCUUCGCUCGCACCAAGAUUUUCAAACACUUGCUACGUUCACUCUAGUUUCUGGUCUGAGAGAUAUACAACGUCGCAAAGCCCUCCGAGCAUCAGUCGCCACUAUUCACCCCGACUCUAGCGUCACUUCGAGAGUAGAUACGACUGAAUCAACAAGACGAGAAUCAGAGAUAUCGAACGCAGCACCGAGAUCAAGGAGAGAAUCAGAGAUAUCAAUUUCCAUCCCGGAAUCUAGAAGAGAAUCAGAGGUUCUGAAUUCAGGACCAGAAUCUAGAAGAGAAUCAGUUUCUAGUAGAAGAAUUAUAAUCUCCACGACUGAACCUGAAGAGGUUUCUAAUAUCGGAGGAAUGUCAGAAAAGGCUAGAGGGAAGAUGCGUGCUGUGGAAUCGGAUAAAGGUGAAGAAGAAUUGGCAGAUGAAGAAUUGUUAAAGGUCGCUAUGGCUGGCGUAGGACCAAAUGGUUAUGUACCGACUCAGGAAUGGGUCGCGAGUUGGCAAAAGGGCCUCCCACUUGACCCCGUUUUGGUGGCCAUUUCCGAAUUAUUACCAAAGAUCCAAGAUUCAACUCCGAAAGCAGGAGCUCCGAGUCAAAAACUACUCGAUACGUUGAAGAACGCUACUUUGAUCGAUGUCUUACCUCCUGCUCCUCCCAUCGUACCACGGAAAUUCCAAUGGUCCCCGGCAUCUUGUAUAUGGCUCACAUCUCUACUUUGGGGAGAUAUCUACGUCGCUGGUCUCUCUCCCGUGGGUGUAUGGCGCGAUACCACCGUCAGACUCUUCGGUGUCAAACAAGCUCCUGUGAGAGGUAGAGGUGCGCAAAUGGGAAGGGUUUUGAAGAUGAUAGGAGUGGUUUGAGAUAUCAAGAUUUGGGGGAUUUACAUCAUAUAUGCAUCAGUUGCAUC